GGGGUCUGGGAGGUGGGGGCGGGUGGCGGAGCCUGUGAAGCUGCCGCCGGGAGAGUGUGACUGAGGCGCUGAGAGAUACCAACUUGGUGCCUGAGUGAAAAAGCUUUUUCCAGAAUGGCUUUGAAUUGCUACUGGGGAGUCUUGGCAGUCUGUGUGAUGACUUUUCCAAGCACACUUUGUUUCCAGCAGGACCAGUCCAGAGUGUUACUAUUAUCUUUUGAUGGAUUUCGAUGGGAUUACAUUUAUAAAUUCCCAACGCCUAACUUUCAUUAUAUCAUGAAGAAUGGUGCUCAUGUUAAACAGGUUACUAAUGUGUUUAUUACAAAAACUUAUCCUAAUCAUUAUACAAUGGUGACAGGUCUCUAUGCAGAGAGCCAUGGCAUAGUCGCUAAUGAAAUGUAUGAUCCUGUCCUGAACAAAACUUUCUCCCUGAACAGCAUGAACAUCUAUAAUUCAAAGUUCUGGGAAGAGGCCUGUCCAAUAUGGGUCAGCAACCAAAUGGAAGGACACAGAACCGGAGCUGCUAUGUGGCCUGGAACAGAUGUAAAAAUACAUGGAGUCUUUCCUACGCACUAUAUGUCUUACAACGAGUCUGUUUCAUUCAAAGAUCGAGUUGACAAACUUAUUGAUUGGUUUACAUCAGAAGAACCCAUCAAUUUUGGUCUUCUGUACUGGGAGCAGCCUGAUGCGAUGGGGCAUGUUUUGGGCCCAGAAAAUCCACGUAUGGGCGCAGUCAUUAGUGAGAUUGAUGACAAGCUAGGAUAUCUUGUGUCAGAACUGAAGAAAGCAAAGUUGUGGGACACACUGAAUAUCAUAAUCACAAGUGACCAUGGAAUGGCACAGUCCUCUUCAGAAAGGCUCAUAGAGCUUGAUCAGUACGUGGCUAGAGAGCUGUAUACAAUGGUUGACCAUUCUCCUGUGGUAGCGAUUUUACCAAAAGAAGGCAAACUUGAUGAAGUGUAUGAAGCCUUGGUCAAUGCUCAUCCCAACAUGACUGUUUAUAAAAAGGAGGAGAUUCCAACUAGAUUACACUACAAACACAACAGUAAAAUUCAACCAAUCUUAGCAAUGGCUGAUAAAGGAUGGGAAAUUUUACAAAACAAGUCUGAUCAACUUCUCUUGGGUAAUCAUGGAUACGACAAUGUCCUACCAGAAAUGCACCCAAUCUUCUUGGCCUAUGGUCCUGCCUUUAGAAGGAAUACCACCAAAGAAGCCAUGAGUCUCACAGAUCUGUAUCCCUUGUUGUGCCAUCUGCUUGGUAUCAGUUCAUUGCCAAACAACGGGUCACUCAGCAAUGUGGAAGAUUUGCUUCUUAUGGAAGUUCCAAGAGACCUGAAUCCGAAAUAUUAUGCACAGGAGUCCUAUGCCUGUUUUAUAGGAGUUUUUCUUGGUAGCAUUCUUGUUAUUGUUUUUCUUCUUGUUUUUAUUAAACACAUAACCCAGAGCCACCUACCUAGCAUGCAGGUACAACACACUGAAAUUUCCCAGCCGUUACUACAAGGGUAAUAUUACUUUCUAAUGAAGGCACUUUAAUAAAAAACAAUGAAAAGUUAAUCUAGGUAUUUUGAGCUUAAAAGUUUUCCUAGAAAUUAGGUGAGGAAAUCUGCAAAAAUAAAUGCACAUAGUGCACUGGAGUAAAUAUGUAGCAGAUGCAUACAGGGAGAACGUGUUUCUGUUGCGCCAUAUAACCACUUGAUUUUUCAGGGGUUGAAAACCCUUCUAGAUAACACUGGAAGGAUAUGUAUAUAGAUAUUUAGUACCUUUAAACCCUUGGAUACCUCAUUUUAAGCUAAUAUUGGGAAAUAGAAAUCAUUUGAGAUUCACUAAGCUCUUGGUCUUUAUCUUCUGGAUUUAAACAAAAAUCUAUUUAGGUUAAGAAAAGAGUGUAAGGGAUCCACAGUGGAAGAAUGGGCAGAUUAAAUCUAUACUAUUCAAAAUGCUCUGAUUUUGUGCAUUCAAUAUAAAUAUCACUAGAAUAGUGUUUGUACAAGUUGCAAAGCCAUGUAUGUCUCUGAAUUCUCUCUCUAAAUUAUAGCAACUAAAAUACAUACCUUGAUAUAUUCCAAUUUUGUUUACUAUAAUAAUCAGUCAGCAUUAAAUGUAUUUGAACUGCUAUUUGGUUAAAAAGUUUAAGGCUUUGAUGAACUAAAAUAUUCAAUAACGAAGUGAAGUAGGAAAAAACAUCAUAACUAACAAGAACCUACAUGGGUCUGUAUCAUACCAGGAAGACUGAGCUGAAUUAUCAAAAGGAUGCUAUCUCAUGGAAGUAAUAAACAAAAUAUUGGACACAGCAGGCCAAAUUCCCCACCCCACCUCCGUUUAAGCAGCUGUAAUUCCACUGAUGCCAGUGGAGUUGAGCCCCUACCAGUCACCAGUGAGUUUGACUGCCCUUUUUAAAUAAUAUAUCUUUGCAAGGUGGGGGAUAUGUAGGACUUUCUUUGCAGCCAUAGGGCAAUCUGCAUCACAUUGUUUGUUGCAGACAGGAAUCUGGGAAGUUUCCACAGAAACUAUACUGAUGCAGUGGAUACUGCUCACGAGUGAUGUGGCAAUGAGACCCUCUCUCAUUCAAGAUCUAUUGUAAUUAAAGAAUUUUGCUAGUUUUUAUGUAAAAACAAUUUUUUGUCUGAAUUGUAAAGGGUGGCUUUUGCUUGAAAGUGGAUCACACAGGAUAGUCUGAAAUAAGCAAGAAAAUUGAUAUAAUUAGCAGGAAUUCUUCCUUAAUGCAACUUGUGUAGUAACAAAAUUUGCUUGUGAGCCGUAAUCAUAAUUCUGCUGCUGUAGCAGACAUCUUUAUAGCUGAAAUAGGUGAUUGUGCAUUUUGGUCUUUAAUUGUAGCAGGCAGUGUUGUGCAUUUCUAAAUUGAGUUAUUUGACCCACAGAAGGCUGGUGUUUCAUGGGCUGUGGCUUAUUGUCAGAUUGGGGUGGGCAAGAAUACUGAAACUGAGUUGGUAGUCACAGAAUUCAGUUUCAAAACUCAGCAUUGUGUAUAACUUAAUCUGACUCAUGUCUGUGAAAUUCUGUUGUAAUUGUCCUGGGGAGCAUGUGCUAUUGCUCCAUCUCCAUCUUUGCUUAGGUGGUCAAGGAAAAUCACCCUGUGGCCAUAGUGUCUGUAAUGUAAAGCUGCCUGUUGCUGGAGAAGCCCACAUCCUGUUUUUAAUGUCAGGUGAUGAUAAAAGUAGACUAGGCAGUAAACUUUCAGUCUUAGCUCAUCAGACAAUUCUUCUGAAACAGAUGAAAAUGGUGUUCACAGUAGUGGUUAAGACCUUGAAGCUCAGAGCAGAUGAACCUAGAUUAAAAUCAGGCUACCAGUAAAAUUUCCUAACAGAAAGGACAGGAUCCACUGCAGUCUUUACUUUGGCAAUCUUGUACUCAGGAAUUGGUGGAAAGUAUUUUGGUUGGAUGGUAAGGGGAGAUGUUUUGUAUAAAAUCUCUACCUUUUCUGAUCUUAGUAACCUAUAUGCAAUAAUUCUCUCAGAUCAAUUGAAUGUAUUCAAAUUCAGAACUGAGAGCUACAAUGUGACAGCGCUUCCUACAUUGCAGAAGCCUAGAUAAUCUUCCCUUACUCUGUCCAUUUUCAGUAGCUUCUUCACUCAAGCUCCGUCUCCUCAUCCCCAUGACCUUGGUAUUAAAAAUGUCAUGCAGGAUAGACAAUGUGAUCUUUCUUUGCACAAUUAAAUAGUUAUUUUCUCUCAACGUGGCAGGGACCUUAAUGUGGCUUUUUAGCAAAUGCCACAGUGAGCAAGUAAAUUAUAUCCUUAAGGGUGUAGUAAGCACUUGCAAUUUGUUUUUAUAUCAGGUUAAAAGUUGUAUAAUUCAGUCUGUUAGGCAAUUUACUGAUUUAGGGAAAAAAGUUCAGUACAUCUGUCAACAGUAACAUUUGUACCCAGAAUUCCUAUAUCUAAACAUACAGUUUAGUGAAGAGCAAUGUGUUCUAAGAGAAAAUUUUGUAUUUGUGAGUCAAUACCCCCAGGAAAAAGGAAUUUUGCUUGUCACAAAACCUGUUUAAGUUGAAGCAUGCACUGUACUGUAAAAAUUACUGACAGGUUUUGAAGGGGGAACUGUGUGUUCAGCUGUUAGAUUUUUAUAUCCCUACAAGCUAAAAACUGUCUUUGUUUUCAUGUUUUGUUUUAGUGUAAAUAAAAAUCUUUAAUGUCUAUUGUUUAGGGAUAGUUGCAGGACACCUAAUAUCGGUUAUGUUUACAAAUGAACAAGCCUAAAUCUGUAAGCACAAAAAAUAGUACCAUGGGAGAAAUGUGAUAGAUGCUCCAGCCCAUGCUCUUUGAAAGGGCACAGGGUAUGAUGUGUGUGCCUUUUGAGUACUUUAAGAUUGCAUGUGACUGAGUUAGUGGAAGCUGGGGUUAAAAUAUAUUGCAACUGUGAGUUCAGGGAAUUGGAAAGCGUGCACUGUUAAACAAAACACACUAAAAUGUGGCAUACUUUGACUCUAGUCAAUAAUGUUCUUUCCUGUCUGCUUGCAAACUCAUCAUUUUGUCAGUGCUAGUAGUAUUCAACUCAUAACUAAGAUUGUUGAAAAAACCUGAAACUUGUAACAGUUUUAUGAAAAGAUUUAAUAGGCAUGUGUUUUAAUUACUGAAAUAAUUACAAUGGUAAAUAGUAAAGAAACAUGGGGGAGUUCUGGUUUCAUAAAUUGAAUGAGCAAACUAAGGGUCUGGGAUAUCAUGAAACUGUAAGGCCUCACAUGUAUUUAUCUUUUUAUUUUGAUAUAUGCAACUUAACUGUCUUCAUAAAGGUAUUUUCUGGCUGAGUUAACAAUUACUCCUAUUUAUUAAACUACUUUGGAGAGAAGUAAGGUGGAUGAGGUAGUGUCCCGUAUUAGAUGAACUUCUGCAGAUGAAAAGUUUCACGUAUACCAAGGAAAUGACUCAGUUGAAGCACCAGAAUGACUGAUUUAAUUCUUCCUUUAUUCUGCUUCAUAUAGGGUAUCACCCUCUCAAGUUUAGCAUAAUUCAGAUGCGGAUUUCCAAUUAAUACUCAAGCUUAGAGGUCAUGAUCAUCUCAAAUCCCAUUGUGAAAUAUACUCUUCAGUGCAUAUUACAAAAGAUGUGGCUUUAUACCAUUAUUGCCGAAAGAGAGAGAAAAUUCCAGAAACAGGAUGCCUGAUGGAGAAGGUGCUACCACAAUGUCCCUCUGUGGCAAGGUAGCUCCAGUUUUAGACAUCUCUACUGGUCUCAUCUAAGGCAUAGGAGCUGGGGCAAAACUGUUUUCUAGAUAACCAGAUCCCAUAGCACUCAAGGGCAACUCUAACGAAUCCUACUGUCCUCAUACUGUGCCAAAAAAGCUGGCAGUUUAAAAAAUAGCAUUGAGAACUUAGUUUGUCUAAUGGUAGAAGAUCUGCCAGUGCACUUAAUGCAGUUUUUACCCAAAACUCAUGUCUAAAACCAAUUGAGGAUUUAAGCAGUCUGAGGAUCAGCUAGCCAGCUUAUAUGUGCUGCAACCUUCUCCAAUAUGGGAUAUUCUACACAGGUUACUGUCUAAAACCGGCACCAGCUGCUGCUUUAAGGACAGGGGAAUGCAUUGAUGGUUAUUGAGUAUCUAGGCUUUUCAAGCUCACACCCACCCUCACCAACCUGAGCCCUUCCUGCUCCUAGCCCAGGCUGGUAGCUGAUGUGUGCCUCCUCUCCCUGCACAGCCAGUUGCUUUUGGAGAUAAAGAUCAUAGUCUGCAUUAACUGGGAAAUGCUAUCAUGUGCCAUAACAGCAAAAGCUGUAUCAGUUCCAAAGCAAUGAACAACAUGCCCUGUUUUUUGCUUAGAAAAAAAAUAUAGUUGAACACUUUAAAAUUUAUUUUACAGAUGUAAAUUGUUUUCACAGAAACCAAAACCAUACAAUCAAAAUAAAUAUUUCACCAUGUUAAGGCACUAGCCAUUUAAAAAUAGUCUGAUCUUAAGCACAUUAUAUAUACAUACACACAUAGGUGACAUUCUAAAUUCCCUUUAUUUUCCAUUCUUUCUACCUCUGGAAAACUGGAUGCAGCUCCCUGGAUGCAGCUCCCUUUAGAGCUACCAGUGCCACUGAGUAUCAGCAAGGCACCAUUCAAGAGCAGAGCUCAAAGUGCUGAGUUUUUUCUUCAAACCCUGAUCAGCAGCCUGGGGGUGAAGUGGUAUAUAGCAAAUCAUACUGCAUCACUAAAAGGUUCAGUGGUUUUCGGAUAAUACCGUUAGUUUACAACAGAACUUUAAAGUUGUGUUAAUAGGUUUAGAUACAAAAAGAUAUCAGUCAUAAGAUAAAGUCCAUUGGUUUUUCAUAUCCUUACCUCAGCACUAAACUCAAGUUUUUCUUCAUGUGUUAUUACAAUCAUGUUUUAACCAGAGAAAGCUUAUCCUGAAGUGAGGGGUCCCCAUUUAAAAAAAAAAA